AACGCUGCUCCUCCCAGCGAAAGCCUCCCGCUCUGGGCGCUUUAUAGUUGGUUCGAGUCCCCUUUCCGGGCAACAGGCGGCUGGCAGCCUGGGCAGGCAGGGUAGGGCAAGGCGAGGCACUCCUGCUCGGCUGGGGAGAGGCGAGGCGGGGCGGGGCGGGGCGGGGCUCCAGGCUUGUUGUUCGUCACUUGGUGUAAAGCCCGAGCAAAUCUCUGGAGAGAACAACGAGCUCAUUCAGAGCGGCCGCGAGGGGAGCGGCGCCGAUCCGUGGCCACAAGGGCGAGGGGCGCCCCGCGCGUCUGGCUUUCCUGGGGAUUUCGGCGGGCGGAGCGGCGGCGGCAGGGACGGCGGGCUCGCUGCCUGGCGCGCGCACUCUGCGGGGAAGAUGGGUUCACUUUUCUACCUGUGCCUCUUGCCCGGAAUCGUCCGCGCCUUCAACCUGGACACGGAGAACGUGGUGAAGUGGAACGGCGAACCCGGCAGCUUUUUCGGGUUUUCCCUGGCUAUGCAUCAGCAGCUGGACCCGAACAGGAGGCUUUUGCUGGUUGGUGCACCUCGACAAAAGGCUUUCCCAAUGCAGCGAGCCAACAGAACUGGAGGGUUGUUCAGCUGCGACAUUGAAACUCCAGAUCUACCAUGCACACGCAUUGAAUUUGAUGAGACAGCUGAUCUGGCAAAAGAAAGCAAAGAAGAUCAGUGGAUGGGUGUAACUGUCCGAAGUCAGGGUCCUGGUGGAAAAGUUGUGACCUGUGCACAUCGCUAUGAGAAAAGGUAUUAUGUCAACACCGAACAGGAAACCAGAGACAUCAUUGGGAGGUGCUACGUGCUGAGUCAGGAUCUUUCCAUUUCCAACAAUGAGUAUAUGGAUGGUGGGGAAUGGAGUUUCUGUGAUGGCCGAUUGAGAGGCCAUGAGAAAUUUGGCUCCUGCCAGCAAGGUGUUGCUGCCACAUUCACCAGAGAUAAUCAUUACAUUGUCUUUGGCGCACCAGGGACCUAUAACUGGAAAGGCGUGGUUCGUGCAGAACAAAAGAAUCACACCCUUGAUGAAAUGGGCAUCUUUGAUGAUGGGCCUUAUGAAGUUGGGGGUGAAAGCCUGCGAAAGGAGACCCUGGUUCCUGUUCCUGCUAACAGUUAUUUAGGUUUUUCUUUGGACUCUGGGAAAGGGAUUGUUUCUCAGGAGGACAUCACUUUUGUUUCUGGUGCUCCGAGAGCCAACCAUAGUGGGGCUGUGGUCCUUCUGAAAAAAGACAGUGACGUCCAGCGGGCCUUGUCCCCUGUGCAUAUGUUUGAAGGCGAGGGGCUGGCCUCUUCCUUUGGCUAUGAUGUGGCAGUUGUGGACCUCAACAGUGAUGGUUGGCAAGAUAUUGUAGUCGGAGCCCCACAGUAUUUUGACAGAGAUGGAGAAAUUGGUGGUGCUGCCUACGUGUAUAUUAAUCAGGAAGGCAAAUGGGACAGGGUAAAGCCAAUUCGUCUCAAUGGAUCCACAGACUCCAUGUUUGGGAUUGCAGUCGAAAAUGUUGGUGAUGUUAAUAAAGAUGGCUUUCCAGAUAUUGCUGUGGGGGCUCCAUAUGAUGGAGAUUUUGGCAAGGUAUAUCUCUAUCAUGGCUCCAGGAAUGGAAUAAACACAAAGCCAGCACAGAUUCUUGAUGGCGGGACAAAUAAUGUCAUAUUCUUUGGUUACUCUAUCACUGGAAAUAUGGAUCUUGAUGGAAACUCUUACCCUGACAUUGCUGUCGGGUCUCUUUCAGAUUCUGUUUCAGUUUACAGAUCAAGACCUGUGAUAAAUAUUAAGAAAACCAUUAUGAUCUCUCCAGACAAAAUUGAUCUGAAUAUGAGGAACUGUGACGUGUCCAGUAACCUUUGCCUGAACAUUAGAUCAUGUUUUGAAUAUACAGCUAGUGAGAGUAACUUCAAUCAAAAAAUAAUUUUGAACUAUUCAUUUGAAGCAGAAAAUGAGAGGAGGCGCUUGGGCUUGCCACCAAGAGUGCAUUUUUCUAAGCUCCGCUCUGUUCCAUUUAGCGGAAGUGUGACUCUCAGAGGACAGAAGUUGGAAGAGUGUGUGACUACCAGGCUUGAACUGGAGGAAAAAAUCAAAGAUAAAUUGCGUCCAAUUCCUGUAUCUCUUAGCAUUGCAAUUCAUACUCCUGAGGCCAGAAGGAGACAGGGAAGAUCACUGCCAGACCUUCUUCCAAUUCUGAAUGCUAGUGAGCCCAACACAGUUCAUUCAGAGGUGCAGUUCCUGAAGGAAGGCUGUGGAUCAGACAAUGUAUGCCACAGCAAUUUGAAGAUGCAGUACAGAUUUUGCACCAAAGAAGGAAAUGAGGACAGAUUUGCCUAUUUCCCCAUGGAGAACAAUGUUCCAAUGCUUGUUCUCAAAGACCAGAAAGAUAUCGCCCUUGAAAUCACAGUGACCAACAGUCCUUCCAAUGCAAUGUACCCCCUGAAAGAUGGUGAAGAUGCCCACGAAGCGAGAUUCGUAGCAACCUUUCCAGAUAGCUUGACUUAUUCUGCUUUCAGGGAGUGGAAGAGCUUUCCGGAAAAAUUGCUCACCUGUGGUGCUAAUCCCAAUGGUUCUCAAGUGGAGUGUGAACUUGGAAAUCCUUUCAAAAGAAAUUCUACUGUUACAUUUUAUGUGAUUUUAAGUACAACUAAAGUUAAUGUUGAUACAAAAGAGCUGGACAUCAAUUUGAAACUGGAAACAACAAGCAAUCAGACUAAUUUGGAACCAAUUACUGCAAAAGCUAAAGUAGUUAUUGAACUGCUUUUAUCACUUACAGGGGUUGCUAAGCCUUCCCAGGUGUAUUUUGGAGGUAAUAUCAUUGGGGAAAGUGCAAUGAAAUCUGAAGAUGACAUCGGUAGUUUAAUUGAAUAUGAGUUCAGGAUCACUAACUUAGGUAAGCCACUAAAAGCAUUUGGUACAGCUUUCUUGGAAAUUAUGUGGCCGAAAGAACUGAGAGGAGGCAAAUGGUUGCUCUAUUUGGUUUCCAUUCAUUCGAAGGAAUUAGGAGAAUUACAGUGCGCUCCUCAAAAUGAAAUAAACCCUUUGAAAGUUCAGGUGUCUAAAAAUUCACGGACAAAGCGUGAAGUUGCAGAGAAGCAGACAGAGGGUAGCAAAGGCUUUUCUUUAUUUACAGAAAGAAAGUAUAAGACACUGGAAUGCAAUGAAGAGGCAAACUGUGUCAACAUAACGUGUUCCUUGCAAGGCUUAGACAGUAAAGCUAUAGUAGUAUUGCGCUCAAGGUUGUGGAACAGCACUUUCCUAGAGGAAUUCUAUAAAAUGAACUAUCUAGACAUUCCUGUUAGAGCUAGAAUUGGCAUCUCUGCUGCAGAUAAUGUCAAGCUGACAAAUGAAGCUGCAAAUGUACGGGUUACUGUCUUUCCUGCAAAAACAGUAGCUUUAUAUAAAGGAGUUCCUUGGUGGAUCAUCUUGGUUGCCAUUCUUGCUGGGUUAUUAAUGCUUGCUUUGUUGGUGUUCUUACUGUGGAAGUGCGGGUUCUUCCAGCGCUCCAGGUACGAUGACAGCAUCCCCCGCUACCACGCUGUAAGAAUUCGGAAGGAGGAAAGGCAGAUUAAAGAUGGAAAAAGUAAAGAGAACCAUGCAAAAAAACAGUGGAUCACAAAGUGGAAUGGAAAUGAAAGUUAUUCCUAGGGAUCUCAGCUGAAGUUAAAGAUUGAAUGGAUUUUAAGGUGUCUUUGAGCAACAUGAUGGAUGCAAGUGGGAAGACCUAUUUUUUUUUUUUUGUAGAUGUUGUUAUUUCCAUAUCAAAGUUGUUUGGUGCUACAGAUGUAAACCUUAAGACUCCCUAAACCAGCCUCUAUAUAUUAACUAAAUCUCCAGUCUUUUAAAAAGAUUGCAGUUAAAAUCCAAAUUAUCAGUCAGGAAAGAGAGAUAUUUUCCCUCCUUUUGGUGAAAUGGAGCUAUAUGGAUUUUUCCCAGGUAGUGGAUUUUUUUGCUCCCAGCUUAACCUUGAUAGCACUUGGCUGCCCUCGGGCUGAGAAAAAAUUAUCAUAAUGAAACUGGCGGUGUGGGGAAGGACAUCUGGCUAUAGUCUAAAGGAGAGGGGAAGCAACCUGAGUUGUUAUGUGGCUUGUUAGAAUGCCCUUGCCAAAAUUUGACUGAACUGCACAAUUACGUGUUAUUUCCAGAGUUUGAACUACAUGUUAGGUCAAGCCUUAAAGCUGUUUCCUUGAUCCCACCUUUCUUGUACUGCUGGAACUUCUCUCACCAGAUGCAAGAUAGCGAGAUAACUUUCCUAACCACAAAUGCAGAUAUAUUUCAGUAUAUUUGUCUUCAUUAUUUAAAUAUCAGAAGAGAAUACCAUCAUUUUGUUAGGAAAAUUAUAUGGGACUCCAAGUGAGAUAGAAAGUAGUGUAACCCAUCAUUCUUUCCCAUUUGUGGAUAGUUACUUGACUUUGAUUUUCUUUUUGUCACUGAAUGUUUAAAAUAAAAAUGGGGGGUUCAGACUUGUCUGGCCAUCGUGAUACUGAGAUUUUAUCCUAUCUCCAAACCCAGAAUGUGUUUACUUUAAUCCCAUUUAUAUCAGGGCUGAUUGUGAUUAUUCAGAAGUGAGAGAUAUGGAUGUAUGGCAUAUGGUUAAUAAUUUAAGAAGUUAAUAAUUUAAUAGGAUUAAACCCUGACAUUAAGAAUUGGUUCUAACCUCUGGAAGAUUAUCUUGUAACUGAUUUCAGUUUUAGGGGUUGCAAUGUUUAGAUUUUUUGUUUUUAAGGGGUAAAUUGUGAAAAAAUGCAUGUUAAGAGAAGCAAACAUUUGCUGACCUUUGUAGCUUUUUUAUUUUUUCCAAUAGAUAUCUAUGAAAUAGUGAAUGGUUCUGGAUCUAGACUUAGUUGCCUUUUGAUCCUGUUUAAAACAGUGGGACCCAAAUUCAACUAAUUUCAUCUGGAUCCAACUCUUCAUGUUCAAGAACUGAUGCAAUGAUGUAUGACUGAAUUUCUAAAUGAAAGCCCAGUUAUCUUACAAUCAUGUUCUCACAGAAGCCUUCUUGUCUAGCAAGAGUAGUUGAUGUUUCUGAGUAGGGAGACCGUAGCAUUCUGCAUCUGUUUAAAGGCACUCUUUACUCUAAUUAUUGUACUAGUACAGCGUGCAGAAAGGAAAAGAGUUUAUCACUUAGAGUCCCACCAUUGUACAGUGAUAUGGACUUGUGUUUUUCAGGUAAAUUUGUGGUCUCUAAAUCUGCUAAUUCUGUGUUCUAAGACUUGUGUGUAAGCAUCAUGCUUAAAAACAAUCUUUAAUGUGCAAUAGGACAUGUUUUAGUAAUGUUUUAAAAAUUAGCGUGUGUGAAUGUCGCUUACACCAAAUAUACACAGGUUUUCCAAUGAUGAGCUUCCAAGCUAAUAGGCUGUGAUCUAAUUUGUUGGUAUCCUAACAUUUUGCCAGCAACUGUGCGCUACAGAGCAAACUACUUUCACCUCUGAAGAUGGCAGCCACAAUUGCUGGCAAAACAUCAGGAUACCAAAGAAUUAGACCACGGCCUAUUAGCCCAAAAGCUCAUCACCAUUGGAUUGACGCUGGCUAUGAAAGCCUGCAUUGAUAUAUACACAGGUUUUGUCUUUUUUAAAGCUUGAAUACUGGUUGUACUUUUUGUAUAUACUGUAAGUCAUUCUUAUAUAUUUAUUUUUACCAUAAAUCUUUGUCUUUAACCAACUGUUAAGCCAAAGAUUUUUAAUUAGUGAGCAAUAGCAUAUCAAGGAGUUCAGUGAAUAAAAACGAACUUUUUCCACCAAAUGUGCCAAUAACUUUUAAAUUCCAAUGACUAGAAUAUUCUCAGAAAGCUCUUCUUUACAUAUGUCUAAUUAUGUACUAGAGAUGUGUUGUAUCUUCUAAGUAAUUUGUGCACUAAUGCAUACUUACAGAUAUUUAUCUAUAGAGGUUUUAUAUGACUAACUUAAUUGAAAAUAUAGCAAGUGCUCAUUGGGGUGGGGGAAAGGGCAAAUAUUUUCUUGUUCUGUGUUUGGAACAAAGUUAAAUAGUGCAGAGCCUAUAGCACUUGAAACAAAAUCUAAAUUCCAAAAAUUAACUAUGGUCUUUUAAUGGUCCAGUUAAAGACUACUGAGUAAUUUCCUACAUUCCUGAAAUUUAAGAAUAAUUCCAUACAAAAUGCCAUUUGAAACUUGUAACAAAUGUAAUUACAGACUUAUCAUUUAUCAAAAUAUUGGUACUGAUUAAGAACUAGACACUUAUUCUAGCAUUUACAAUGUAUUAAAUACCAAUCGUCCAUCAGAAGGUGGAUUCUGGAACUGUCCAAUGCAGGGCGUUGCAAUUUAAUUCCACAAAAAGUGUUUUGAGCACAUGGGACCAAACAUAGCACUAUCUGUGCCUCUAUAAAACAGUCAUAUCUUUUCUUGCAAUCAUUAGACAACUCCAGAAAAUAGCUCUACAAUCCUAGGAAAAAUCACAAUUGCUUAGGAUUUCAGGUGGAUGCUGUGUUUGUGGUCCUGUAUACUCUGAAGUGCUUUUUUGGAAUCAAAUCCGAAGCACGGCACAGCGCUAAUGGAUGUUAUUUAACAACAGAUGAAAACUAUGCAAACCUUUAAAUAUUUACCUUCAAAAACCAGGUAUUAUAUGUCUUGUGCUGUAUAGUCCAGUACAAAAACACAUUGGCUUGGUGCAGGAUGACAGUCUGUUCCAAGGUGUGAUUUCUAGCUAUUAAUGUCAAUUUCUAUCAUUCCACUUUUUAUUAUUAUCCAAAUAACUUUUUGACCACACAUUUUAUACAAAUUAUUUUUCAUAAAGCUUUUUUAACUUAAAAGGUGUAAGCUCUUUUUUGAAGCUUCAGGUACAAAUUUGAUGCCUGACAUUAAUCCACUGAAUGCUGCUGUUUUGUCAUCCCCAUCCACUUUAUUUAUAUGUGGCCCAUAAAAAUAAUCCCACAACAGUACGUAUGAUGGAUAAAUGUUAUUUAAAACUCCAUCUCUGAAAUGGGCUUAUUCAACUGAAAAAGUAACCGAAACACUACUGUAAUGUUUUCAUUAAAACUAACUUGUUGUUCUGGUGGCUUGUCAGAAAAAACAAAUAUAUAAUCAAUAAGUAAAAGUGUCAUCUCAAGUCACAUCACUGGUAUAUACUCACUUUCCACAUUAAUUGUUACUAACAUCUAAUGUUGCAUCAUGUCUGAAAAUUACCUGUGGAUAUGUCUAUAAAAGUGUGAAAUAAAUUUUGUAUGAAAAGCA